AUGACUGCUCCUACCGUUAAACUCUGCUCCGGCUACGACAUGCCCCUCGUGGGCUUCGGUCUGUGGAAGGUGAACAACGACACCUGUGCGGACCAGGUCUACGAGGCCAUUAAGGCCGGCUACCGCCUGUUCGACGGCGCCUGCGACUACGGCAACGAAGUCGAAGCCGGUCAGGGUGUCGCCCGCGCCAUCAAGGACGGCCUCGUGAAGCGCGAGGAGCUGUUCAUCGUCUCGAAGCUGUGGAACAGCUUCCACGACGGAGAUCGCGUGGAGCCCAUCUGCCGCAAGCAGCUGGCCGACUGGGGCGUGGACUACUUCGACCUGUACAUUGUGCACUUCCCCAUCUCCCUGAAGUACGUCGACCCCAGCGUGCGGUACCCGCCCAGCUGGGAGAACGAGGCCGGCAAACUGGAGCUGGGCAAAGCCCCGAUCCACGAGACCUGGACCGCGAUGGAGUCCCUGGUGGACCUGAAGCUGGCACGCAGCAUCGGCGUUAGCAACUUCAGCUCACAGCUGCUGAUGGAUCUCCUGCGGUAUGCGCGCGUGCGUCCUUCGACUCUCCAGAUCGAGCACCACCCCUACCUCACUCAGACCCGUCUGGUGGACUUUGCCCAGCGUGAGGGUCUUGCCGUGACUGCGUACUCGUCGUUCGGUCCCUUGAGUUUCAUGGAGUUGAACUUGAAGGAGGCGCAGGACACCCCGCCGCUCUUUGAGCACGAUGUUAUCAAGGGUGUUGCUCAGAAGUACGGCCGGACUCCGGCGCAGGUGCUGCUCCGCUGGGCUACCCAGCGUAAGGUCGCCGUUAUCCCCAAGAGUAAUAACCCUACUCGUUUGGCGCAGAACUUGAAGGUUACCGACUUUGAGUUGGAGGGCAGUGAGCUCGAGGCUAUUAGUGCUUUGGACAAGGGUCUGCGCUUCAAUGACCCCAUUGCUUACGGCCUUCCUAUCCCGAUCUUCUAA